AAACUCCAGGAAUGGAUGGAGCAUUUUUUGCAGUAGUUAAAGCAGUGAGCAUGCAGAGUGCCGAGGCUGGAUCAGACUCAGCAGCUCCUGUGGCGCUUCACCCGUCGGCGCCGGCGCAGGCUCCGGUGGUGCAGGCAGUGCCAGCCUCACAGCAGAGGGUUUUGGUCCAAGCCACAGGCUCCGCUCCCAAAGGGGCACAGAUGCAGCAAAUCUCUGUUCCCAGAGUCCAGCAGGUUCCACAGCAGGUGCAGUCUGUGCAGCACGUUUAUCCAGCCCAGGUGCAGUAUGUGGAAGGAGGAGAAGCUGUUUACACCAAUGGAACCAUACGAGCUGCCUACUCGUACAGCGAGGCGCAGGUUUACACUCCCGCCGGCGCCGCGCCCUAUUUCGAAGCGCAGGGAGGAGGAGGAGGAGGAGGAGGAGGAGGAGCUCAGGUGACUACAGCGACAUCCUCUCCUACAGCCAUUCCCUCUCACAACAUGGUGGGCAUCACCAUGGACAUUGGGGGAAGUCAGAUCCUCUCCGGCUCGGGAGCCUAUCUCAUUCAUGGGGGGCUGGAGAACUCUAGACAUUCUCUGUCACACACCUCACGCUCCUCUCCAGCAACGCUUGAAAUGGCGAUUGAAAACCUACAAAAAAAUGAAGGGAUUACAUCACACAAAAGCAGUUUGCUCAACAGCCAUCUGCAGUGGCUGCUGGAUAACUACGAGACUGCAGAGGGUGUGAGCCUGCCCAGGAGCUCCCUGUACAACCAUUACCUGCGGCACUGCCAGGAGCACAAGCUGGACCCUGUCAACGCCGCCUCCUUCGGGAAACUCAUCCGCUCCGUCUUCAUGGGGCUGAGGACUCGGCGCCUGGGCACCAGGGGGAAUUCCAAAUAUCACUACUAUGGGAUCCGCCUGAAGCCGGAGUCGCCGCUGAACCGCCUGCAGGAGGACACCCAGUACAUGGCCAUGAGGCAGCAGCCCAUCCACCAGAAACAGAGGUACAGAGCAGCCCAGAAGAUGGAUGGGAUGGCAGAGAGUGCAUCCAACAGCAACCCCCACACCACGCCCGAGCAGUCGGUGGCUGCUCAGAGCCAGCACCACCAGCAGUUCAUAGAUGUAACCCAUGUCUUUCCUGAGUUCCCAGCCCCUGAUCUUGGCAAUGUCCUCUUGCAAGAAGGUUUCACCUUGAACGACGUGAAAACUCUGCAGGUUCUCUACAGGAGACACUGUGAGGCCACUUUGGAUGUGGUGAUGAAUCUCCAGUUCCACUACAUCGAGAAGCUGUGGCAAUCCUUCUGGAGUCCCAAGGCACCCCCUAGUGAUGGCCCCACUGCUCUGCCUUCCAGCGAAGAGGAGCCCGAAGGGACCCUCCCAAAGGACAAACUGAUCACCCUGUGCAAGUAUGAGCCCAUCCUCAAGUGGAUGAGGAGCUGUGACCACAUCCUGUACCAGGCCCUGGUGGAGAUCCUGAUCCCUGACGUGCUCAGGCCAGUGCCCAGCACACUGACCCAGGCCAUCCGGAACUUUGCCAAGAGUUUGGAGGGGUGGCUGAUGAAUGCCAUGAGUGAAUUCCCCCCACAGGUCGUGCAGACCAAGGUGGGGGUGGUCAGUGCCUUUGCCCAGACCCUGCGCAGGUACACGUCCCUCAACCACCUGGCGCAGGCGGCGCGCGCCGUGCUGCAGAACACGUCCCAGAUCAACCAGAUGCUCAGCGACCUCAACCGCGUGGACUUCGCCAACGUGCAGGAGCAGGCCUCGUGGGUGUGCCAGUGUGAGGAGGGCAUGGUGCAGAAGCUGGAGCAGGAUUUCAAGCUGACUCUGCAGCAGCAGAGCUCUCUGGACCAGUGGGCCAGCUGGCUGGACAAUGUGGUCACUCAAGUGCUGAAGCACCACGAGGGCAGCCCCAGCUUCCCCAAGGCAGCCAGGCAGUUCCUGCUGAAGUGGUCCUUCUACAGCUCCAUGGUGAUCCGGGACCUCACCCUGCGCAGCGCCGCCAGCUUCGGCUCCUUCCACCUGAUCCGCCUGCUCUACGACGAGUACAUGUUCUACCUGGUGGAGCAUCGUGUGGCCCAGGCAACAGGGGAGACCCCCAUUGCUGUCAUGGGAGAGUUUGGUGACCUCACAUCGCUGUCCCCGACGCUGCUGGACAAAGAUGAGAUCAGCGAGCUGGGCAGCGAGGCGGAGCCGGAGCGGGCGCUGGGGGAGCCGCUGGUGAAGCGGGAGCGCUGCGAGCCCGGCCACUCCCUGCAGGACAUCUGAGCCCGGGACUCGGCUUGCACGGAGCCCUCGGAGCGUGCCCGGCCUGCGAGCCCCGGAUCUGCGUUAUUAUAGUGCCUCUUAGUUUCUCUGUAUGUUUACUUGUGUUUGAGGAUGGGCUGAGCCGGGGCAGGCGCUGCUUUGGGCAGCAGCGUCCCCCCGGAGCGGAGGAGAAGCUGCAGUCCGCUCCCGAGGGAUGGAAGCCUCUGUGGCCAGCGGCAGGUGGGAUGUGCCCGGCGGGGAGGAGCUGUCCUCGCUCUCCAGCCGGAGCCGGGCGCACAAAGGAGGUUUCCUCUGUCAGGGAAGGUGCUUCGGGUUCCUUCCCCGCGUCUCAGACUUCACUGUGAUACAGACUUGAACCAAUCAGUGCCCAAGAAGAAGGAAGAAUACCCGGCCCUCCUCCUGCAGCCUUUCAGACAGGCUGGCCUGGCUCUGGCUUUGCCAAAUCUCUUGCACCGGGGAGCACAGGACAGCCGGUGUCCCUUGUCCCCACGCGGGGAGAGGCUCCAGGCUGCCCAUCCCUGCGGGCACAGCCGUGCUCUGGGACUAUGGGAUGAGCAUCCCCACCUGCUUCCCUGCCUCCCCAGCUUGGCACUUCACCCCAAUGCUCCCGGGACGCCAUCAGGCCAGCUCAAGGUACCAAAGGACUCGGAGGCGGUGGCAGCCGGAGGCAGAGCCUGUUCCUUGUCCCCGUGCCACGAUGCCUGGGGGCAGCCCCGUGGCGAUCCCCAUCCUCCACGGAGCCCAGGCAGGCGGGAACUGGUCCCACAUCCGGGGGUUUGUGACGUUCCCACUCCGUGUCCUGCUCUGAGGUUGAAGGAGGGUCCGGAGCAGGGCCCAGGGUGUGUGACCGCAGUGCCUUAGGGUGGGGCUUGUUCCCAUUUCCCCUGCUCCAGGUGGGCCAGCACAGCUCAGACUGGCCCAGCCCAGCCCAGGUAGGGAGGGGCUGGCACAGACCCCAGGGCUCAGCACUCCAAUGGCAUUUCCCUCUCUGGAUCCCUUUGCCUUUUCCUGCAGUGACAGUGCAGGGGUGGCUCCAUGGGGCUGAGCUGGGGGAGCUCAGCAGGGUUUCCCCCCUUUCCCACGUCCUGUGGGGUCUGUGCUGACAUGGAUUGCCCUGGGAUGCUGUGGGCUACACUGGGGUGCUGUGGGCUACAGGGCAGAGGAGGGAGGUGGAUCUGUCAUCAAGCUAAACUGCAAAAACAAAGCCCUGGGGCAAACCUCUCUGUGAAUAAAGGCCGUGUCAUAAAUAGCUUUUAUUAUUAUGGUUUCUAAAGAUGCAGUGUUUGGUGUGAGCUUUUCCAGGGGUCUCGUGUACAUUUGCAGAGUAAAUUCUAUCCAAAUCUCUGAUUUCCUUGUUCCCAGUGGCACUGAGGCAGCUGUGACACUUUCAAACACGUUCCUAAUGGCAAGUGAAACGAGAGUGUGUGCAGUGGCACAACUUCCCUCUGUCCCAUGCUGUGCCAGGGUGAUGUUUGUCUGUAAAUGUCUCACAUGGAAGUGGCAGGAGAGAAGUGAGAGAGACAGAUUUAAAUGUACAUAACCAUGUAAACUCCCCGGGUCAGAGUCCACACUUGGGAUCCUGCUGAUGAGAUAAGAGAGUCUAAACAAACAACUGAGCAACCAAAUCUUAACUGCCCUGCUCCCACUGAGGGCCACAGGAAGUUCAGGUCUUCCUCUGAGGGAAGCCAGCGUGCAAAGGAGAUGCUCUGGAGCUCUGCAGCAGCAUGUGGGGAGGCUGGAGAAGCACCCAAACCCCCUUGCACAGAAUUACCAGCUAAACCUGAACAGCAAUAAAUGUGUAUCCAAUGCUCAGGCCUGCACAAGGAGUGUCUGGUCCCAUUUCUUCUGUGAUCCCUGAGAGGUGCCAGGAGAUGCUGCAGCAGCCUCAGGGGGAUGCAGGAGCUGCCCAGGGCAGGGUAAUUAAAGCAGUUUUGGGUAGGGAGGCAGAUUCCCCCUGGGGCAGCAGCUGUGUGUAGGGAUAGCCCCAUCACAGCCAGGCUCAGAGGGGAGGAGAGGCUGAAGGAUCAGACUGAGCACAGGGCCACAGGAGGAUUUUCUAAUUAAGCCUCCAGACUAAUUGGGAGGGAUGUGACAAGUGCUGGGACAUUCCUGCUCUGACCCCUUGGGAAGGUUCAGCCUCAGCCUCUGUGCCUUUGCUUCACUCUCCCUCUGGAUCACACCCAGUCUGGCUGGACCAGUUAGAGCCUCUUCCUUUGGGAAUCUCGGGCCUGGAAGCACGAGAUUGUUUCCCCCAGGGGAGCUGGGCAGCACCUCCUAACC